GUAUUGAGCCCCCAACCCGCCCUGACCUGGAAUCCAACGGGGACCUCCUAGUUCCUAGGUCCACUCUCAACCACCAGGACACACAGGCCAGGGGUUCAUUCCUGUUAUGUGCCGUGACCGGGCUCGACCUGUCACCUUGGUGCAUAGGGAUGACGCUCUAACCGACUGAGCAAUCCGGCCAUGGCUUUUAGGGAAAACUUUAAAACCAGAAGUCGCUUCGCUCCCCUAGCCUAUUUGCAGCCUUGCUGUAUACAAGACUUAGCUAUAUUCCCAAAAGCGCACUGUCUGGGCAGCUCACGUCCCAUCUGUGGGCUUAGCCCUGUGGCUAAAGGCGGGAAAUGCAGUCCUUUCUUGUGACACGGUUUGCAAAAAGAAACAAAUCUUUUCUGACAUAUUCACCGCUUCCCACUCUAGCCGGUCAGGUCUGGAACAAUCCCGUCCCCUGGGUUAAGAAGACAUUGCGCAUUUCCGUGUAGAGGCGGGGGCGAAGAAGACCGGAAGGAAACCGCUUCCUUUUUUGCGCAAGCGCACGAAGGCUUCCCCCAUUGGUCACCUCGACUCGGAAGUAGGUGCGCAUGCGCUCAGCAUCCGGCCGGCUGUUUUAGCGAUGGACGCGGUGGUGAUGACCCGUUUGUAUCUGCAGAAUGCAGUCGGCAGGCCGGGCCUCGAAUAACGGCGAUUACGCAGGUUUUCUCUUAGCUUCUGAAAUCUGUCUAAAGCGGUGAUGCAUUCAUGCUAAAGUACCUAAACUCUGCCAGACUGUGAGGGUUCUCAGUGUUCUCAAACCUGUCGAACUGGGGGAGGGGCCGUGAAAAAUAGUUUGUAUAGAGAUUUCCCUGCGCCCUGCCCCGCCCCGCUUUGGACGCCUGAGUACGUUCACAAAAUACCCAACAUUAAUACCUUACUUGCUGACUGCGCAUGAGACUUUUUAAUAAUAUUUCUCAAGUAUUUGUUUACAGAAGGAAGCGAGGAGAAACUGAAGCGGUGCAAGCCAGGUGUAUAUGGUAAUUUAAAGAUGAUCCAGAAAUUAUCAUUAAAGACCGUUUAUUUUUUAGUCUAAUAAUCUAAUGUUUUAAUCUUCAUUUUGCUGGGCAGAAAAUCAAAAUACUGGGCUGCCUGGUUCAGGGCCGGACGCUGAGCCAACCUAGUGAUUUCGAAGCCAUGGCAACAAAGGAAUCAGAUGCCAAAGCAGAGUCAGCCCUCACCUCAUCAGCCAAUCAGAGCAAACAAGCGUAUGAAAAACCAAACUAUGCUCUCAGAUGUACUCUUGUGGGACAUAUGGAAGCAGUAUCAUCAGUUAAGUUUAGUCCUAAUGGAGAGUGGCUAGCAAGUUCUUCUGCUGACAAAGUAAUUAUAAUUUGGGGAGCCUAUGAUGGAAAAAAGGAGAAAAUUCUUCAUGGUCACAGUCUGGAAAUAUCAGAUGUUGACUGGUCAUCAGAUUCCAGUCGUCUUGUUUCUGCCUCAGAUGAUAAAACUCUCAAGAUUUGGGAUGUGAGAUCAGGAAAAUGUUUGAAAACACUGAAGGGGCACAGUAAUUAUGUGUUUUGCUGUAAUUUUAAUCCACCAUCCAACCUCAUAAUUUCAGGAUCUUUUGAUGAGAGUGUGAAAAUAUGGGAGGUGAAAACAGGCAAGUGCCUCAAGACUUUGUCUGCUCAUUCUGACCCAGUUUCUGCUGUUCAUUUUAGUUGUAAUGGGUCCUUGAUAGCAUCAGGUAGUUACGAUGGCAUCUGUAGAAUCUGGGAUGCUGCAUCAGGUCAGUGUUUAAAAACACUUGUUGAUGAUGAUAACCCUCCCAUCUCUUUUGUAAAAUUUUCUCCAAAUGGUAAAUACAUUCUCAUUGCAACUUUGGAUAAUACUCUUAAACUAUGGGAUUAUAGCAGAGGCAGAUGCCUGAAGACAUACACUGGUCAUAAAAAUGAGAAAUACUGCAUAUUUGCCAAUUUUUCAGUUACUGGUGGGAAGUGGAUUGUGUCUGGUUCAGAGGAUAACCUAGUUUACAUUUGGAACCUUCAGACUAAAGAGAUUGUACAGAAAUUACAAGGUCACACAGAUGUCGUCAUCUCAGCAGCUUGUCAUCCUACAGAAAACAUCAUUGCAUCAGCAGCGUUAGGAAAUGACAAAACAAUUAAACUGUGGAUAAGUAACUACUAAACCCUUUAGAAAUCAAGUAGUAGAGCCAAGUUGGCAAAAAGUUGUAUAUUUUAAAAGAUGAUUUCUCUUAA